CUCAUCCGGGUCUCUGUGGUUCCUGUUUGGCGACCUGUCGCCAUUAGUUUUAGCUCGUCCGUACGAUCAUAUAUUUUGGGGGGGAUAACUGCACAUUUGUCCGUUUUCCAUUCUUUGGAGAACGGUCAGCGCCUUUUUGGGGCCAAGUGUUUCCCAGAACGCGAAAACGCUCAACUUUCCUGGGUCUUGGCCCCGGUGUGAGCCUUCGCUUCGUUCUCAAUUUCUACACCGCCUCCAUUACUGAGACGCCUAAAUUGUGUCUCUAUUUUUCUUGGUUUGUUUUGUUGUCAAGAUGUCGCCGUAAUGGAGUCUCCCAUUUUGACCGAAAUUAAACAGGGCCUUCGCUGCCUGACCCGCACUCGCUACAAUCUGCUCUCCUCUCCCUUUGUCCCAUUUAAUGCUAGGGAGCUCGGACGCUCUCUGCCCGGAACUCGGCCUAAAUACCUCUCGCAGAAAGGACACAACCAUGGAGAAGAAUCCAAACAGCAAUGCCAACAGCAACAAGGUUCCGCCCCGUUCGAGUUCUACAGGCCCAACACCGGGAGAAUCUAAACCGAAAACAGAUGGUAAGAAUAAUGGAGGUUCUAAGCGCUACAGCCGCAAGCGAGAGCCCUCCGUUCCCAAGAGUGACAGUUUCCCUGGCCCUCGUCGCACCAAUUCACAGAAAAGCAAGAAUUUUGACAAGAGACCUCCCCAGAGAGGUGGAUCCCGGCAGUAUUGCGUUACAGGUGAAGGAAGAUGUGACGAGGUAGCAGAGUGCCGCCAGGCUGAGUUCAACCCGGCUCAGUUUGCUGGACCUAAAAAGAUCAGUCUAAACCACUUGCUCAACUUCACCUUUGAGCCUCGUGUGGGCCAUGGUGGUCUAGGAGGAGAAGGACACUCCUGCUGGGGCCGCCGCAACAAGUGGGGCCACAAGCACAAGCCCUUCAACAAGGAGCUUUUCCUGCAGGCCAACUGCCAGUUUGUGGUGACCGAUGACCAGGACUACAAGGCUCACUUCACUGACCCAGACACUCUGGUGAACUGGGACUGUGUGCAGCAAGUGCGCAUCUACAGUCAUGAGGUGCCCUCCUGCCCCAUCUGCCUCUACCCCCCGGUAGCAGCCCAUAUCACCCGCUGUGGCCAUAUCUUCUGCUGGCCAUGCAUGUUGCACUACCUGUCUCUCAGUGACAAGAGCUGGUCCAAGUGCCCCAUCUGUUAUGAGUCUGUGCACUCUGAUGACCUCAAAAGUGUGGUUGCGAUGGAAACCAGGCAGUAUGCAGUCGGUGACCUCAUCACCAUGUGCUUAAUGCGGAGGGAGAAGGGGGCUCUGGUGGCCAUGCCCAGCUCUCAGUGGGUGAAAGUGGAGGAGCCUAUACUCUUCGGAGAUGUGCAUCUGAGCCCGUACUCCAAACUGCUGCUGGCCUCUCGGGAGCAGGUGCUGGGCCUAGUGGCCGAGGAGAAGGCCGCUCUGCAGGGUCAGCUCACCCAGGGAGAGGAUGCCACAGCCUGUUUCAUCCAGAGUGCCCUGUGCAAUCUGCAGGAGCGAGUGGAAGCUCUGCUGAAGCACCAGAAGGCAUGUGCUGAGGACAACCUGGAACUGUCAAAUCUCACCCUGGCAGAUCCCACCUCCCCUGAGGAGGAAGUGGUGACCACCUUUAGCAGUACCAAGCCAGUUCUGCAGUAUUCCUCUGCAUUUGAUGAUGAGGUGGCAGAGGUUCCAGAGGAGGACCCUGAGGAGGCCACCGGUGAGGAACCACAGCUCCCUGAAGGGCUCCUGGAGAGAGUGCUGGAGGAGUCCCCUGAGGAUGCAGCGCCCCAGCCUGCUGAGGAAACGGCGCGCACCCAAACCUCAGAGCACGGCCCCUCCUACUACUUCUACCAAGCGGAGGACUGCCAGCAGAUGUUCCUGCACCCAGUGAACGUGCGCUGUCUGCAACGUGAGUACGGCAGCCUAGAGGCCAGCCCCCACACCAUCACGGCCACUGUGGUGGAGAUUGAGGGGCAAACUAUCACUGAGGAGAUUCGCCGUCGACACCGCUACCUGGCUCACCUGCCGCUCACCUGUGAGUUCAGUAUCUGUGAGCUGGCCCUGCAGCCCCCCACCCUGUCCAAAGAGACCCUGGACAGCUUUGCAGAUGAUUUGGAGAAAAGAAAGCGUCUCAGACAAAAGAAAGCAAGGGAUGAGAAGCGCAGGGAGAGGCGUAUUGAGAUGGAGGAGAACAAGAAGCAGGGGAAAUAUCCAGAGGUGCAUAUUGGGCUGGAGAAUCUUCAGCAGUUCCCGGCAUUUGGGUCACCACCUCACAACGGCAGUCCACAAGUGUAUCCUGAAUUUCUGUUGGCCCCUCCUUCAGCCCUCACCAGCAGCGCUGUCUCUGAUGGGAUGAUGUUCCCUAGUCUGACUGGAGACAGCCCUGCGCCCAGCGUGGGCUGUGUGGAGGAUGACUCUCACUGCAUGUCCUUCGCUCAGAUGCUGAGGGAUGGGAAAGCCAGGGCUGAUGCCGGGCCAUGGACCACUCCAAAGAAAGAAAUGCUUCUGGCUCCUCCAGCGGCAGACAGCGAUGGAGAGAGUGAUGUGUCUGACCGGGUCCCAGUGCCCAGUUUCCAGAACUCUUUCAGCCAGGCCUUUGAGGAGGCACUCCUGCAGCUGGACCAUGGUCCAACUGCUCCACCACGGCCAGUGGUCAUCCCUGAUGAAAAGGGGGGAAAGAAGAAGAAGAAGAAGCAGAAACAGAAGCUUCUGUUCAGCACCUCUAUGAUUCACACAAAGUAGAUGACACUGAAGUUGAAAUGUAUCCCUUCACCUGCUCAGAUUUGAGUUUGAUCCAUCUCCCAUCACUGUCAUUUUUCCAUGCAGCUCUAUUUUAGAAUGACAGACAAUGGAGAAUUUUUGUUGUUGUAUGUAGCCCAGGUAAGUAAUGCCUCCACCACAGUCCCACUCACAAUGUCUUACAUUGUGCAAUUGGUUUAUUAUGUGUUCUACAAAGAUGUGUUCCAACUUCCUGCCACAUUGAAAAUCUUCUUUAAAAAUCUGCUGUAAGGAUGGAGGGUAGAAUGAGUUACAUUUGUUAUAGAGACCAUAUUAGGAUCUACGUUGGGUUGAAUGGAAUUGUUUUGAGGGGUGCAUUUUAUUUGGGGUAGCAGUCAGCCAGCUGCAGGUACGUCACACCCUCUGAACCAUCCCAGAUUUCCAAUCCCAAGUCGCAAACACUGUCAGCACUGAAUUUGGUCUUUAAAUUUUUUUUCUGCUUAACAAAAAACUCAUCCACUGCAAGUUGUAUGUUCUGCUUGCGUUUUACUCUGAUUUGGCCUGAACAUAGCACAACCUCUAUGUAUGAGUCUGAUUCUCAUACCGGUCUGGAGGAAAUGCAAGGAAUACAGUGUAGCUAGUAUUAAAGAAAGGAUUGGAAAUCUUUUGUGUGUUGAUGGCAGACAACUCAAAUGCACUGUGGACCUUGUGUUAGAAUUAUUAGACCAUGGAUAUGCAGUUUCUUCUCUUUGAUCUAUUCAUUUUCCCCCUUCUAGCAUAGUCAUUUGUUUGUCCUUCCUAGUCUAAUUUGUAACAUUGGCACUUUACCCCCCUGGUUUCAAUUCAGUGUUGCAAAUAUGUUUUAUGUGUGAAGCUAGAGAUCUGACUUUUGAUUACUUGCUAUAUAAGGAGUGAAAAGGUGGGAUGCAAAGAUACUAUAUAGAAGUUUUGUUUGAGGGUUCCUUUUGUUCUUUUUUAAGUUUGUAGUGAACAUGAACAUUAAAUGUCAACUGGCCUGACAUUGGAAUAAAGGAUUAUGCACAAUCAAA